UCCAAGCAAUCUAACAAACAAACCUUCCAAGCCUUUCGAACGUCAGAGUUCUCCACAAAACCCAACAAGCAUCAUGUCUGCCAAAAUUGUGAUCUGCCUGGCUGUGUGCGUGUUCGGUACUGCUUCGGCUGGAGUUUUCCCAGUGGCAGCUCCGCUUGCUGCGGCAGGAGUCGUCGCACCGUACGCCACCUCCUACAACGCACAUACCGUCAACCAUGCGGUAGCGGCUCCGGUCGUUGCGGCUGCUCCGGCCGUCGUUGCUGCCCCGGCGGCACGCUUCGUUGCACCGGCAGCUCCUGCUCUGGCCUACACUGCCGCUGGACUGCCAGCCUACAGUGCUUACACUGCCGCCGGUCUGCCAGCCCUCAGCGCCUACUCGGCCUACACUGGACUGCCCGCUCCGUACGUGUUCUAAGGUACGCGUUGAAGCAGAAGCACAUUGGCAUUGACUGAACAUUGGGGUUCUGUCGAGACGAUGCUGAUCGUUCGUACUGUCGCCACCUUCCUGCAUCUAGGAUCUUUUGUAAAUAUUGUCCUUCCUGCUUAACUCAAUUCUUGUCACAAUCAAAAUACAACACCUUUUUAGAAGGAAUGUUCCUAAAAA